AUUAUACAAGAACAUUGACGGUCUUCUCUCCUCUUCAUCUGGCCUGCGCUACCAACACGCCAGUUGACAGUCUUGUAGAACCUGUCAAUCCCAUCAGUACGAUCCCUGAACAUGCCCUCCUUCACAGCCACUGAAGAGUUCGAGGUGAUCAUUUGCGGAUGUGGUCCAACAGGUGCACUGCUCUCAGCUAAUUUGGGACGGCUGGGUGUGAAGCAUCUUAUCUUAGAGAAAGAGUCUGCUAUCACGUCGGAUCCUAGGGGCAUUGUUCUGGAUGAGGAUGGCAUUCGAUGCGUUCAGGGCGUAGGAAAGUAUGAGGAGCUAUUCCGAGAAGUCGGUCAAUCUCUCGGAUUAUUUCGGUUUAUUAAUGGAGGAAACGGUCUCACGUGCAAGCCAUUCCUGCAGUUCAAUGAGAAUUCUAUUACAGGGGGCACCGGCCAUGUUGGAUUCAUGUCUCACAAACAACCAAUCUUGGAGAAGCAUUUGAGGCUCGCCAUGAACACGACGUUCUGCGAUUUUCGACCAAAUUCGACAAUCACUGCUAUUGCAGAAGACGAGAAUCUCGUCCACGUCGAAUACACGGAUGGCAACGGCCAAACGCAAAAGGUCAGCGCAAAGUUUUUUGUUGGUGCAGACGGAAAGACAGGCUACACGAGAAAGAAGUAUCUCGAACCUCGCGGUGUUGUCAUGGAGAGAAGUGACGGCUUCCGCUAUGAGGCAGAAUGGGUUGCUCUGAAUUGGCGCCUGACUCUUCCAACUCUUAAAUCCCAUCCGGAAUUCCCUCUUUGGGAACUAGGCUACGCGCCGGAACAGGUAUACGACUUAUUUUUCCCUCCAUAUUUUAAUUUUAUUUGCGAUCCUGCGAGGCCCGCGGUUUGUGGUCGUUUUGGACUAGCGGAAGAUCGUCUUUGGCGCUUCGAAUUUGUCGUAAAAGAUGGAGAGGAUGGCAACCAGAUGUCAACACAAGACGAGACGAAGAAGAUAAUCCUACCCUACCUACGGCAUCCAGGCAAGAAAUAUGGCCUUUCCAAAGAUGUGUCUUGGCCAGAAGAUUGUAUAGAAUACAUUAGGUCUCGCCCGUUUACGUUCUCCGCAAGAAGCUGCAAUCGUUGGUCUUUAGGACGUGUAGUUCUUUGCGGUGACGCGGCUCACGUCUUCCCACCUUUUGGAGGACAAGGCAUCGCAUCCGGAUUUCGAGAUGCCAUAUCCCUUGCUUGGCGACUCCGUGUCGCUACCAGCCCAUCCUGCAAAGACUAUGAUUUCCUCUUCCGAGGCUGGUACUUGGAGCGCAAGCAGCAACUCGAGCGAUCCUUGGCUGCAACUAUUGCGAACGGAAACUACUGCAACGAGCCAUCCCGCAUCAAAGCACUCUUCCGAAAUUUGUAUCUGUGGGCCGUCCAGCUCGUGCCUUCGUGGAAGAGGUCCUUAGAGCAAGGUCCAAGAGCCCAAGGCAUGACGAAGUACGAAUGGGCUGCAGGCAUGCCGUUCCUGCCUCAGUUCGGUGGUGGGAAGUCGUUCCCUCAAGUUUUCUGUGCCCCAAUUGACGGGCCCGCGCCGUCCACUCCAAUGUUUACCGAUGACGCCAUAUUCAGAUCUGAAAAGAAAGGCUGUUUCCAAAUAGUGGCUCUACUCGAUUCACCUGACCAGCUUCCUCUCGCAGUGGGCAACAUCAAAAGCGUCUCGCGUCAGAUUGAAAAUGGCACUAUUCUGAACACCGCAGAAACCACGUACGUGGUCGACAACCAGUUUGGGAGCGUGCCGGUAGAUUCACCGGAUCUUAAGGUACUAAACAGAAGUACGCCAUGCGUGCGCAUCCUUGACGCAGAAGAGUAUACGGCGGCUGGGAUCACGGAUGCCGCCCUCGCUACAAACUUGACUAGGCCAGCACCGCUGUACUACGACCCACAUCGCAUCAAGAAGGAUCUUGGCGCGAGUGUGGUAUAUGUGAUUGUCAGAUGGGAUCGGAUGGUGUUUGCAUCAUGCCAAAAUGUGGGGGAGUUGCGGGAAGCGUUGGAUCUUGUUCCGAAUUGUAUAUAUGGUAGCAUUUAAGGGGUGUGAGUGCGAAAAUGACUGAACUUACACAAAAAUUAUUAAUAAAUGACAAAAAUGUUACACACAUUUCCACCC